GGCGUGGACACCUCGCCAGAGUCUGCAGGUCGGCGCAGAAGGACCCUACAUCCAACAGCAGGACGGCACAGAAGACCACACCACCCAACGCCCGGGGAAAGCAGCAAUCAUCAGCACCAGAAGCAAGCUACUCGGUGACAGCAUCCCUAUCAAGCGCAUCGGUCAUCAAUCGCACCAGUUGCCAGGGCAAGAUCACCGUGACCCCACUCCUCGACGGCAGACCGUGCACCAUGGAGGUGGACUCCGGAUCUUCGGUGACAGUGAUCUCUGCAGCAUCCUGGCAAGCGUUGUUCCCAACCAGAAGCCGACGGCGGCUCCAGCCUGCGGAGACCCGAGUGUCCGACUUCCAGGGCAACCGAAUUCCCCUGGCCGGACGGGACACUGCGGAUGUUGAGUAUAAGGGGAAAUGUGUUAAGCUAUCUUUUCUUAUUGCCGAGGGAGACCGGGUCAACUUACUAGGGUUGGAUUGGUUUGAGCCAUUAGGCAUUGGUAUUUCAGGAGUUAACAAAACGCUUGAGAAUAAAUGGGAUAUGAUGUAUGACCUGUUCCCUGAUGUAUUUGCAGAGGGUCUGGGGCGGUACAAAGGGCCCCCGGUUGCGUUCGAACUUGAUCCAUCCGUAAAGCCAAUCAGGUUGAAAUAUCGGAAGGUCCCAAUUCCCCUCAGGCCUAGGGUGGAGAAGGAAAUUGACAAACUCGUGGAACAGGGAGUUUUGGAGCCUGUUCCUCACAGUAAGUGGGAAACCCCGAUUGUAACGCCUGUCAAGCCUGAUGGGUCCAUACGCUUAUGCGCGGAUUACAAAUGCACCCUUAACAAGGCGUUACAGCAACACUCCUACCCAGUCCCGGUUAUAAGCCACAUUCUGGCUUCCUUGGGGGGAGGGAAAAUUUUUGCCAAAUUGGACUUGGCACAGGCAUACCAACAGUUGCCUGUCACUCCUGAGGCUGCUGAAGCCCAGACGAUUGUCACCCAUAGAGGCGCGUUUAAGGUAAAUCGCCUGCAGUUCGGGGUAAAUGUGGCGCCCGGAAUUUUUCAAGGCUUGAUGGAGAAACUCUUGAGGGGGGUACCAGGCACGGUGCCCUACUUCGACGACGUAUUAAUAGCCGGGAAGUCUGAAGAGGAACUAAUAGCCCGUGUUAAGGAAGUCUUAAAGCGUUUCCAGGACGCAGGGCUCAGGGUUAAACGGUCUAAGUGCACACUGGGAGUUAACAGUGUGGAGUUCCUGGGAUUCCGGAUCGAUGCAGACGGGGUGCACCCCACGGACGACAAGGUAGCUGCAAUCCGGAACGCCCCCAGGCCGGUGAGUAAGAAGGAGCUCCAGGCAUUUUUAGGACUCCUCAAUUUUUAUCAUGCGUUUUUACCGCAUAAGGCAUCGGUGGCUGCCCCUUUGCACAUGCUCUUGCAUAAGGAGGCUAAAUGGAAAUGGGGACAGGCUGAGGAACGGGCUUUUGUGGGAGUUAAGGAGCUGUUGACAUCUAAUGACGUGCUGACGCACUACGAUGAUCAGAAGCUCCUGGUGUUAGCUGCUGACGCUUCACCUUUUGGAGUAGGCGCAGUUUUGAGCCAUUUGAUGCCUGAUGGGAGCGAAGCGCCUAUCGCUUUUUAUUCUCGGUCUUUAUCUGCGGCAGAGAGGAACUAUGCCCAGAUAGACAAGGAAGGUCUGGCGUUGGUAGCGGCUGUCAAAAAGUUCCAUGAUUUUAUUUUUGGCAGACGAUUUUUGCUGGUCACUGACCACAAGCCGCUACUGGGGAUUUUUGCGCCCGAUAAGCAGUUGCCAAACAUAAUGUCCCCACGUAUGCUUAGAUGGGCGCUCUUUUUGCAGGCGUACGAUUAUGACCUCGAACACCGGCCUGGGAAGGCAAUCGGACAUGCGGACGCCCUUAGCCGAUGCCCAUUGCCCUGUGUGGGAUCCGACCCUGCCCCUGCGUGUGAGGUCCUGGCUCUGGAUGAGCUCCCCCAGGCACCAGUGUCGUCCAAGGACAUUGCGGCACUGACGGCCAAGGACUGCAUUCUCUCCCGAGUACUUAACUGGGUGUGGAGGGGGUGGCCGGUUGGGAGCAUUGAGCCUGAAUUCGCACCUUACAAAAGCCGCCAAAACGAACUCUCGAUUUCCAAGGGGUGUCUACUAUGGGGCAAUAGGGUGGUGGUCCCUGCCCAGCUCAGGAAGAGAGUAUUGGAAUCCCUGCACGAGGGUCACCCUGGGAUGGUGCACACCAAAGCAUUGGCCAGAGGGUAUGUCUGGUGGCCAGGACUGGACAAGGAAAUCGAGGAGUGGGUGCGAGUCUGCUCCAAGUGUCAGCAGGUUAGACCUGAUCCCCCACACGCUACACCCCAAGCCUGGGAAUCAUCUGGGAAACCCUGGGCCAGGUUGCAUAUAGAUUUUGCUGGCCCUCUCCAAGGGCAAAUGUUCUUGAUUGUCGUAGAUGCAAUGUCUAAAUGGUUAGAAGUUGUACACAUGAAGUCGACCACUUCACUAGCCGUAAUUCAUGCGCUUCGCCGCCUUUUUGCCACACACGGGUUGCCUGACGUCAUCGUCAGUGACAACGGGCCUCAAUUUGUUUCUGAGGAGUUCAGAUACUUCCUCACGAGUAAUGGCAUCCGCCAAAUGACUUCGGCCCCUUUCCAUCCGGCGUCUAAUGGCCAGGCCGAACGGAUGGUAAGAACGGCAAAAGAGGCUUUAGGGAAAAUGGACGAAGGGGACUGGAGCCAGAGGCUGGGCUCCUUUCUUUUGCGGCAGCACACCACCCCCUGCAGUGCUACAGGCCGCAGUCCGGCCGAGUUGCUAAUGGGGCGGAGGCUCACAACUCGGUUAAACAGGUUGCAUCCGGAUCUCACUGACGAUCAUUCCGAGCGUACCGACUCACAACCGAAGGUACGAAUGUUUGAAAAAGGGGACAAGAAAGACAAUGAUGAAGCAGCCUUGGAUACCUCUCUAGGAACCCAUUUUGAAGAACCAGGAGGACUGUGGCAGAAAAUGAUAUUAAUAUUACCAAGGAGGUUUAAAUCUGAUGAGCAGAAGAAACAGGCAAAAGUAUCUGCUGUGAAGAGCUAA